CCUCCGGACCUAGAGGGUGACCCGGAAGGAUUUUUAAAUGCCGGGCACGGACCUGGCUGAGCAGAGGCGAUGACGCGAUGGUACCCGGUGGCACUUUUGGCCUUCGCAAACUUCUGAGCGACCCCCCCCGCUCUGAGAGGCUGGGUCGGAAUCCCUAGGAGGUGGCAGAAGCUCUCAGAUGUGGUGUGAGACAAAAACUGUAGAGUUGUAGGACCUGCAACACCCGACAAACAGAGAUGACCCCCUCUGACUCCUUUCUUCCGAGGCAUGGGAAGGUCGGUCUUGGUGAUGCUCAGGUCGGGGAGAAUGAGCCUGAUGUGAGCAGAAUUCCGAUGAGCUGGACAGCGCCGUGAACAAGCUACAAGCAGCUCCCAGAGCCUUGAGAUGGCACCAAAAACCAAGAAGGGGUUGAAAGGCUCCAUUGAUGAUGUCCUUGGUGACCUUUUAGGGGACGAGAUGACCCUACCUGAGGAGCCUGUUAAAUUAGCUUCACGUGCCCGAGACGCCACAGGGGUGGGCCAGACGCUCCCUUCUUCCAGGGCUAGAACGAAGUCCCUCCUGGAGGACUACGCCUUCAGCACCACGGCAGGCCUCACAGGACCUGACGCUGAGGUGUCCGACGUCUCAGAGGCGGACCCACAGACUUUGCUCCAGACGAUGAAGGACCUGGACGACAUGGAUGCCGAUCUCUUAGGUCUGAAGAAGUCUAACCUGGCCUCUAGCAAAAAAGCUGCAAAGGGUCCUGGGAAAGAAGAGCUGCCCAGUCAGCCCAAACCUGCCAGCAUAGUGACAGCCAGUGAGAAAGGAGAUGCUGUUCCCGCCAAGAAGCCCCCUCCCUCUACCAGCAGCUUUGGGCAUCAGUACAGAAAGUUUUCCUUCGAAGACUUGGAAGACCCAUUGGCAGGACUGCUCUCUGACGAUGAGGAAGGAAUCACCAAGAAGUCCCCUGAGACCGAGAGUAAAAUGACUUCCGAAAAGAGCCCAGCCCCAGUCAGAGAUCAAGGUCCAUCUAUCCCGCUCACUCCUGGGGACACCCCGAUCCGAAAGAAAGAAGAAGUGCUGUUUGAUGAAGAAGAUGAUGUUGUGGCUACCCUGGGGUUUGGAGACAGCCCCAUAGCAGAGAGGAGGCGGACGGGCGACCAGGAAGCGCCCCGUCCUGCUCGCUCCAGGCUGGAUGAGCUGCUGGGUCGGGGCACUGCCACCAAACUCCUGGCCCGUCCGGGCACUGGGGAGCACAGGGAAUUCAAGCUGGACAAGAAGUACCAGAGGCCCCAGGACAAGGAAGAUUCCUGGGGCGAUGAGGACUUCACCUUUGGGGCCUAUCAGCCCACCGUGGGCUCCGGCGAGGGCCGCCAGUCCCGCCGGCAGUCGGUCAGUAGGUUCUUAGCAGAAGGUGGUGCAGACACCAAGGGGGAACCAGGCUCCAUGCAGAGCGUGCCAGCGGCCUCCAGCCCCACGCACCCCAGGAAGGGAGGAGCCGACUGGUUGGGCCUCAAGGAUGCCGACCUGCUCCCCUCCUCUCCCGUCAGAGAGCCUCAGAGGGGAGGCUCCGCACUCUCCACUCCUUCCAUGCCCCCUUCCAAGAGCCAGCACUCGGCCCCAAGCCGGCACUCUGCCCCAGCUGGACUGCCCUCCUCCUCUGUGGGGCCAAAGCCACCCACGGAGGGUGCGGGUUUCCCUGCCAAAGCCAGCCAGGCUUCCCAGCUGGGAGCGUCUGAGGAGAGGGAGGAAGAGGAUUGGCUGAGCCACGCCUUGUCCCGGAAGAAGUCGCAAGGUCUGGCCAGGGAGGAGCACACGGAGGCCUCCAGAGGCCAGAAGAACCUGGUGGGGGCAGUAGGAAGUCCCCCUUCCAGCAGCCAACCUGUUCCCAGCACUCAGGUGUUUGAGCAAGCAGCCGCUGGAGGGCCCUUGGGAACAGCGGCACAGAAGCUACCAACAAGGCCUGCCGCCUCCAGGUCCCCUGUGACGUGGAACCAGACUGCCUUGACCCUACCUGGAGGUGACCCAGAGAGGGGGACAGCUCUCGGAGACCUCUGCAGCACUGAGCCCGCAGCUUGUGUCCCCAGCUCCGAGGAACACCCAGGGCCCCCUGUGCCCAUCCAGCCCCUGCUCCCCGAGUCCCUGGCGCGGAGCCUGUUGCCGGGCUCAGAAUAUCAGAGGCAGCUCCUGGCCGCACAGGUGCAGCUGCGGGGCAGCACCGCCGAGCUCCAGGCCGACCUUCUGCAGAGCCAGGCCCGGCUGGCGGAGCUAGAAGCCCAGGUGCGGAAGCUGGAGCUGGAGCGGGCCCAGCAGCGGCUGUUGCUGGAGAGCCUGCAGCAGCAGCACCAGGCCGACCUGGAGCUCAUCGAGAAUGCUCACAGAAGCCGUGUGAAGGUGCUAGAAACUUCGUACCAGCAACGGGAUGAGCGGCUGCGGCGGGAGCAAGAGGAGCUGUCGGCCCGCUAUCUGUCACAGUGCCAAGAAGCCGAGCAGGCCCGCGCGGAGCUCACAGCCCAGCACCAGCGGCGCUUGGCGGCUGCCAUGCAAGAGAAGGACCAGGAGAUGGAGCGGCUCCGGGAGCUGCAGCGGGCCUCCAUCCUGGAGAUGCGCCGUGACCACGAGGAGCAGCUGCAGCGGCUGAAGCUGCUGAAGGACCGAGAGAUCGACGCGGUCACCAGCGCCACCUCCCACACACGGUCCCUGAACGGCAUCAUCGAGCAGAUGGAGAAGUUCUCCAGCAGCCUGCACGAGCUGUCCUCCCGCGUGGAGGCCUCGCACCUCACCACCGCCCAGGAGCGGGAGCUGGGGCUCCGGCAGCGGGACCAGCAGCUCCGAGCGCUGCAGGAGAGGCUGGGCCAGCAGCAGCGGGACAUGGAAGAGGAGAGGAGCCGGCUCCAGGAGAUCAUCGGGAAGAUGGAGGCGCGCCUGAAUGAGCAGAGCCGGCUGCUGGAGCAGGAGCGAUGGCGGGUGAAUGCAGAGCAGUCCCGGGCGGAGUCCAUGCAGCGUGCUCUAGAAGAACAGAGGAAGGUCAUGGUCCAGCAGAUCUCCAUGGAGCGGGAGGAGCUGGAGAAAGCCAAGAGCGCCUUGCUGGAGGAGCAGAAGUCCGUCAUGCACAAGUGUGGGGAGGAGCGGCGGCGCCUCGCGGCCGAGUGGGCCGAGUUCUAUGCCCAGCAGAAGCUGAGUAAGGAGCGGGCCGAGCGUGAGGCGGAGAGGGCGCUGCAGGCAGACGCGCAGCGGGAGGGCACCCUCGUCACCCUGGCCAAGGAGCAAGCCGAGCUAAAGAUCAGGGCCAGUGAGCUCCGCGCCAAGGAAGAUCAGCUGGCGGCCGAGAGGGAGGCUGUGGAGCGGGAGCGCCAGGAGCUGAGGCUGGAGAAGGAGAGGAUCAGUGCCGCCGCCCUGCGCACCAGGCUCCACGCCGAGGAAGUGGAGAGCAUGAGCCAGGUGGCUUCGGAGAAGCUGGAGGAGGGGCAGCGGGCGCUGCGCGAGGCCCGGCAGGUGCAGCAGGAGCAACAGGCUCGGCUGCAGCUCGUCCAGGAGCAGCACGAGCGGCUGUGGCAGCAGGAGCAGCGCGUGCACCAGGAGCAUCUGAGUCUGGCCCAGCAGAGGCUGCGGCUGGACCAUGUCCGACAGGACCUGCCCUCCAGCCCCUCGAUGCUGCUCCCCAGGACCCAGGGCCCGGCAGCCUCCUGCCUGAGUGCCUUUGUGGCUCCUGCUCCCACCACGUCCCAGUGCGGCCGACCCCCCACCAGCCUGGGCCCCUCGCACCUCCACGCCAAGUUGGUGCUGCUGAGGCACACAGCUGAGCAGGACCGUGACUUCUUGGAGAAUGAGCAGUUCUUCCUGGAGACCCUGAAGAAAGCCUCCUACAAUAUGACAUCCCAUUCAGCCUGAAGGGCACCGCUGGCUGCUCGGCGGAGGCCUCCAACCCCGGAAAGCUCUCCCCCAACAGCUGCCCUGGCUGCCGACUCUGAGGAGGGAGCGCCCACAGCCUGAUUACAGCUUCUUCUGGGGACAGGGUGCGAGCACAUCCAGCCUCUAGGGCCUGAGGACCAGUGGCCUCUGGGGAGACGUGAUGCCAAGGGUGCCCCAUGACCCAGGCAGCCACAGCCUCGGUUCUCCUCCCCCGGGCCUCCAGCUCAGAUCCAAGGGCUCACUGGGCUCCGUGGGCCACACCCCCCCCCCCCAUCCUCAGCAGGCAGGUGGCUGGGAGAUGUUUUCUCCUGGGCCUCUUCUGAGGCAGGGGAGUGUUUUUGAGAGACACCACGGGUAGGCUCUUGGCCUCCCUGUCUGAGCGGUCAGCUGAGACAGCACGGACUUGCCUCCCUAACUGGGACAUAGAGUCAGAGCACAUGUUUUGAGGCGCCUUCUAUCCUCCUGACCGAGGAGGCGAGUGGGGUCACAGAGGAGGCAGGGAGGGCACGUUCCCAGCCAGGUGUUACCUCGCAGCCUUGUGCUCUCAGGUUGGCUGGCAGAAAGUCCCCGCUUCCUUCCAAGCUGCCCGACUCACUGACCAGCCCUCACAAACUCUGGCCUGUCAUUUCUUGUAACGAGGGCUUCCCAGAGGCAGGGCUGGGCGUGACAGUGGGGUAGGUGAGGGACCAGUAGAGAGGCCUCUCUCCUGUCCACCUGCUACGAAGCCAGAGCAGCUGGGGCCAAAGACAAGGGAGCCCCUGCUGCAGCUGGGGUGGGGGGUGGAGAGCCCCGAGGACCCCCAUGGGGCCUUACCCAGACUGCUGCCCCUUGGGAGGGCGCCUCUGCCCUUCUCCCUGCGGGGGUGCCGGGAGAGGGGCGGCGGCUUGGCAACUGUCUCAACAAACUCGAGGAUGGAUGGAUUCCACUAACAGAACCACGGUCACUCCUGAAGCGGCUUCCCUCGGCCAGCGACUGGUUACCUUCCCCUGGAGGACAAAGGGCAGAGCAGGACGAGGCUGAGGGGUACCAGCAGGCUGCGUUUGUCUCUCUGCUCCUUCAGAACCGCUUUCAGAAGGAUCUUCAUUUACCAGCAAUUUCCAGCCUUCGUCUUGGACCCAUUAAAUUGGUGUAUUCUUA